AUGUGGGCAGUUCACUUGCGAGAGUGCGUGGGGAUCGUGCUCUUCCCUGUGAUGAUAGCCGUGGUCUGCUAUGCCAAGAGCCUAAAUGAGCCCAGCAACAUGUCCUACGUGAAAGAGACAGUGGACAGAUUGCUCAAAGGAUACGACAUUCGUCUGAGGCCGGACUUUGGAGGCUCUCCCGUUGACGUUGGAAUGAGAAUAGAGAUUGCCAGUAUAGAUACGGUCUCAGAAGUCAACAUGGACUACACACUCACUAUGUACUUCCAGCAGUCCUGGAGGGAUAAAAGACUAUCAUACUCUGGAAUACCUUUGAAUCUGACUUUAGAUAACAGAGUGGCUGACUAUCUCUGGGUACCAGAUACAUACUUCCUGAAUGACAAGAAAUCCUUUGUUCAUGGAGUUACUGUGAAAAAUCGAAUGAUUCGGCUACAUCCUGAUGGAACAGUCCUUUAUGGUCUGCGGAUCACUACCACGGCUGCCUGCAUGAUGGAUUUGCGCAGGUACCCCUUGGAUGAACAAAACUGCACACUGGAAAUUGAAAGCUAUGGAUACACAACAGAUGACAUUGAGUUCUAUUGGAAUGGAGGAGAAUCUGCUGUGAGUGGAGUUAAUAAAAUUGAGCUCCCUCAGUUCUCAAUUAUUGAUUACAAGAUGAUCUCAAAAAGAGUAGAGUUUGCAACAGGGGCCUACCCGCGGCUGUCGCUGAGCUUUCGGCUUAAAAGAAAUAUCGGCUACUUCAUUUUGCAAACCUACAUGCCUUCUACUCUGAUUACAAUUCUGUCAUGGGUAUCUUUCUGGAUCAACUAUGAUGCAUCUGCUGCACGAGUUGCACUAGGAAUCACCACUGUGUUGACAAUGACCACCAUCAGCACUCAUCUCAGGGAGACACUGCCAAAGAUUCCAUAUGUGAAGGCAAUUGACAUCUACCUAAUGGGAUGCUUUGUGUUUGUGUUCCUUGCCUUGCUGGAAUAUGCAUUUGUAAACUACACAUUCUUUGGUAAAGGCCCGCAGCAUCAGAAGAAACUAGCUGAAAAGGCCACCAGUGACAAGAGGAAACUGGAAAUGAAUAAGGUUCAGAUUGAUGCCCGUGGGAAUAUUCUCCUUACUACCCUGGAAAUGAGAAAUGAGGUCAGCAGCUCUGAUGUGCUGGCAACUUUGAAUGACCCAAGAGCUACCAUGUAUUCCUAUGACAGCGCCAGCAUCCAUUACAGGAGGCCAGCCACUGCAAGAGACCUCUGCAGCAGAAGCACUUUGGAUAGACAAGCAGUCCAUCAAAAGGGGCGCCUACGGAGAAGAGCAUCGCAGCUGAAAGUCAAAAUCCCAGAUUUGACUGAUGUCAAUUCCAUAGACAAGUGGUCCAGAAUGGUCUUUCCUAUCACAUUUAUCCUUUUUAAUGUGGUCUACUGGCUUUAUUAUGUGCACUGA